AUGUCAGCCGUAGGGCGCAAGGGCGCAUCCUCUCCGACAGGAUCAGCGUCUAGCCAGCCGUCGAAGAAACCGAGAACCAAUGGCAGGGCCUGCGUGACGUGUCAUCAGCGUAAAGUGCGUUGCGACAUCCUGGAGAAGGGCACGCCAUGCUCCAAAUGCGAGGCAAACAAUAUUUCCGACUGUCGGAUCUUCGAGAAGAAGAAAACCAGAUCCUCGACAAGGGUCUCUCAGAGCCCCAAUGUCUCUAUACAGCCAAGGACAACAACAGCACCGAGCUCUAGACCCACAACCACGCCGAUAGCAUCGAAUGCUGCUAGUCCAUGGGCACCAGUCAACGUCGACUCGCGGCCAGCAUCGGCUCCAGGAAACGAAUUCACUGCUCAGACCCAUUACGCCACUGAGGUUGCAACGCGAAACUUGGCCGACUUUCUUGACCGAGAAGAGACAGGUUAUCAGGAUAUCCUACCAAGUGGCCGGUUAUAUUUCAUUGGUACUGAGUUCUCGAAUCUGAACUAUCUUGUUCGACAGCGAUCUCAACGGCCCGAUCAGCAUGUCCUACAUUUUGGGAGUCACCCUCUUGCCCCGAGGAUGUCUUCAGUGCCACCCGAAGCACUAGAACUACCCACCAAGGCCUUGGCUGAUGAACUCGUCCAGGCGUACUUUGUGCACAUCAACCGUGGCAUUCCCAUUGUUGACGAAGAAUUCUUUAUGAAGAAGUACAACAACACAGAGACCAGCGAUGACUUUGCGAGACAACGACCGUUAUCUUUACUCUUGCUAAACGCCAUCUUACUCGUUGGGGCGCACGUCUUGUCCAACCAGCGUGACGACCUCAAGGCAUUGAAGGCAGUCUUCUUCAAGCGAGCGAAAGCCUUGUUCGACUGCCGUUUCGAGCAACAUCGCGAGACGUACCUGCAAGCCGCUAUCCUUCUAACGUGGCAAUGCGAUGACCUUGAGGAUGUCAUCUCGAACUCUUGGUACUGGGUCGGCAUUGCUGCCCGAACGGCAUAUGGAAUGGGCAUGCAUCGAGACGCUAUGCCAUCAGGCCUCAACGUUAUGGAUAAACGCCUGUGGCGGAGGUUAUGGUGGACGUUAUAUCAAUAUGACGUUUUAGUUUCCAUGGCUCAUGGUAGACCUCAGGCCAUAAGCCUCGACGACUCCGAUGUACCUUUCAUCGAGGAAUGCCAUCUAGAGGACACACCGGGAGCUGAAGCGUCCUUCAUAGUUCAGCAUACGCAACUGUGCAUAAUUUUCGCAAAAGUCAUGAAGAAACGGGUGGCUUUGCGUUGUAAAGAAGGAGAAAAGGUCGAGGCCACGAGGAAAGCCGAUAUUGCUCUGGCUGAGCUAGUCACCAACCUACCCGAACGACUCCAGUUGUCCUCCAGAGAUCCAGACAUAUGGCAAGCAAUGUUCCACAUCACAUACAACAACUUUCUGAUUCUUCUACAUCGACCGCCUCCUCGUGCCGUACCCGGUCCUACUUCGACUGAGGCCGGCAACGACUUGAGCAUAUGUUCUGAUGCAGCAGCUACGAUCGCUUCUAUCUUUGAGUCUCUACGGAAGAAGGAGAUGUUGGCAGGUCUAUGGCUUCCAAGUCUGCAUAUGCUCUUCACAGCUCUGGUUCAUACGUCAAGUCAGAUGCACUCCAGCAACCCGAUCGUCGCAGCCAAGUCGAAGCGCCAUACAGAGUCCAUGAUACAGACAUUACACGCGAUGAAAUCUCAGUGGUUAUACGCCCAAAGUCUAUUGAAUCUGUUCGAGCCUAAACGACCGAGGAAUCGCGGUCUUGCACAGCAGUCCACUCGGCCGAAUAACACGGGCAACCGAAUAGGUGGUAGUGGAGAGCAGGAUCAUUCCAGAAUCACUCUUCCUACCGAUAUUCUCGAAUUUGAAGAUCAUGCCAUGGCAGGACCGUCAACAUCUAUGGGAGAUGGAAAUUCAGCACGGCCUCUUGUUUCUGGCACAACAUAUGGUUCGCAGAGCACAAACACGGCACCAGAUCAUGGGCUAGCUAGAGACCCGGUGGGACAGUAUGCGGCGGCUGUGAUAGGGAACAUGUCGCAAGGCGGCCAGCCAUACAACACUGAGUUUGGAGGAGACAACAUGGGCCUUACUGAUGCUGAUACCAUGGACAUGUUGCAGCUGCCAUCAGCUCUGGAGUUCCUGCUAGCUGGCGCUGGGAACAACUUCGACUUCUGA